GAUUAUAAAACAAAUUGUCUGCAUUAUCUAGUUGUCAGGUAGGCCUACCAGAUGACCCACUCCUGUCAGAGCAUGCCAUGUGGUAGCUAAGAGAUGAAACUAAACAAACACAGACUACGGGAAACAGUUCACAAUUUAUAGGACAUAUGGAGAGCCACGUGACCAAUCAAGAACGCACUCGAAGCAUUCUACUGGAACAAGCCAUGAAGAUCAGGGACGAUGUGAUGACUGCAACUCAGGGUUCAGUCCGGAUGGAGUCUUCUGCUAGAAAACUACUGGAAAACCACAUUCAGAUCAUAACUCACAUUGUCAAACAGCUCAGCAAAGACAUCCAGGUGCUGGAAGCCCAGAUUAUUGAGAGAGACAACCUUGCUGCAGGGACAACUUUUGCAGUCAAGAGCUUGGAUCGCAAGAACAUGACGGGUAUUGGGGAUCUCAGAGGCAGAGUGGCAAGAUGUGAUGCUAGCAUUGCAAAAUUGUCAUCAGAUGUUAGUGCUGGAUGGCGGGACAUCCUGAAACUCCAGCAGGAAGUGAGCGAGAUACACUCUGGGCUGGAGCUGAAGCUGAAAGACAUGGAGCUCAAGCUGUCUCAGGAUGUUGGAAAACUAGAGGCAUCACUGUCAGAGAAGUUCAUUUCUCAGAGGAACACCACUGGAGAUUUACAGAAGGACAUAAAACGACUGGAUUUGAAGAUCUCUAGUGGUCUGAGGGAGGUGGAGGAGCAGACAGUGAGACUGAGGAAGUGGGCAGACGAGCAGAUGAAAACCACAGUUCAAUCACACACACAGAGCAGCCAGCAGCUGCACACACUGCUGCAGGAGAGAGCGGUUGAAGUGGAAAGCAUGUUAAAGGAGAACAUGGCUCUUCUCUCUGGUCAUGUGGAGAGGUUGGAGGCACAGUUGGAGAAGGUGCGAUCAUCUGACAGGACCAAGCGCUCAGAGGACAAACUCAACCGCAAGAUCAACACUUUGGAGCAGUGCUUCAGAGAAGAACUAGAGCAGAUGAGGAGGGAGUACCAGUCAGGGUUCCAGGCGGUUCAUGAUGCUAUUGCGUCUUUGAGACAUAUCGGCGACACCAAAGCAAAGCUGGACAAAGGAGAGCUACAACGAGACAUUAGACAGAUCCAGAGAAACAUGGUAGGACUGAAGGAGCCCUGACUGGAUUAUUCUUUCAGAAGACAUAUAUACUGGAAUAUACAACCUGUGUGAGAACACAAAAUAUGAUUCAGCAAAAUAUGUGCAGAUGAAUAAUAUAAUCAAAUAAGCUCUCAAUUGUUUUCUACAUAAAAAAAAAACCUUUGCGUAGAGUCAUUUCCUUUAAAUCUCUUUUUUCUAGAACAGACUUUAAAGUCAGAUUCUGAGUGAACAUCAUAGUUGAUGAAAUUCAGUCAAGGUACAAUUAUGGCAAAUCCAAUAUUAGAAGCACAAUACUUGUGCAUGCUCAAUACUGAAAGAUUGAGAAGAUUAAUUGUUCUGUUUGUCUGCAUGUCACCAGGCCAAUAUUGAUUGUAAUGAAUGUUGGAAUAAACAAACAAGAUUG